UUAAUCGUGGCACACGAGGCUAAUUCAAGAACGCUAACCGACUAGCAAGCUAAUUUUUGGAUUAAAUCGUUCUGUAUACCUUGGAUCUAGCGAUGCGGUUUCCAUUCCACCGUGGGAUACACCAAGUCGGAGACAGUGGCCCCACGAAGAAAUGAAGUCUCUGACCCCGUGGCUUUCAUCUCAGCAAAGAUUCUGUUGGGUUUGCCUGGUCAUCAUCACCAGUCUGUCUGUACUGAUAUGGUACAAUCAUAUUGCCAGACUGGGUGGAGUUACCGUCACUGCCAAUGUGGGACUCUAUGGGUACGUCAGGAUCACAUCUGGAAACACGGAGGAGUUCCUGAAUAUCCACUGUAAGCAGUGUGCUUUAGUGUCUAGCUCGGGCCAGAUGCUGAAAGCUGGCAAGGGGGAGGAGAUAGACCAUUUGGACUGUGUGAUCCGCAUGAACAAUGCCCCAACGGAGGGAUACGAACACGACGUGGGGAGCAGGACCAGCCUCCGGGUGGUGUCCCACACCAGCGUGCCACUACUGCUCAAGAAUGAGACCUACUACUUUCGGCAGUCGGCAGACACUGUGUAUGUCGUGUGGGGGCCAGAGAGGAACAUGCGUCAGGAUGGCAAGGGGCAGAUUUUCAAUAUUCUCCUGAAAGUGGCCAGGAAGUAUCCCAGCGUUAAAAUCUAUGCGGUGACCAGAGAGAAGAUUCAGUAUUGCGAUCGGCUCUUCCAGAAUGAAACGGGAAAAAACAGAAUGCAGUCGGGGGCCUUCCUGAGCACUGGCUUCUUCACCAUGGUGCUGGCAAUGGAUAUGUGUGACAGCAUUAAGGUGUAUGGGAUGAUCACUGAUGAUUACUGCAGCCAGGCAAAUCACACGGCAGUGCCGUACCACUACUAUGAGCGGGGCCGGAUGGAUGAAUGCCGCAUGUACCAUGUCCACGAGAGGGCACGACGUGGCGGCCACCGCUUCAUCACAGAGAAGGCCAUUUAUGCCAGGUGGGCCUCACACAAAAAAAUGGAGUUCAAACACCCCUCCUGGACAGAACGUGGAAACAUUUCCUGAACACAUUCCUUGCUUUUUUAGACUAUCAACACUACUUAACAAUGGAAUUUCUAUGCAACAUGUUCUAGAAGUGUCAUUAGUCUGCAUGAAACCAAGCUUUCAAAAGCUUUAAACAGGGUUGUAAAAAGGAGGGAUUCAUGCUUCAAAGUUAGCAAAAUCUCUGUUACCUAUUGAUUCUGCCAGAUUUAUUGUUGGAACACUUCAGGGGAAGAAGCUUGUUCUUUGGUACAAUGGCAGUAUUACCUGAUAUUUGAAUCUGUGACCUUCAGGUUUCAAGUCCAAUACUUUUAACCACUACUCUGCAUCACAGACUAAGAAAAUCUAAAUUACUUCCUGCAAAGUGUGAUGUCACAGCUGAGUUUGGUAAAAAAAAAUCCCUUCUAGGUGGACCUCAGCUGUGGGUAUACAGCAUUGUGUUUGGCCACCCAUUCCCCAUAUGAACUACACAGGGUGAGGUUCAGAGCUCCUACAACAUAUCAUGUUACAGGGCACACCCACCCAAACCUUUCAGACAGCAAAGCACCAUUAUGUGCGGUGCUCGGUUAUAAUGCCAAGCUUUUUGUGUAAUGUGUCAGCAUUCACCCAAAGAGAGAUUAAAAAAUGGUUGCACUUUAAAACUGCCAAGUUAUAAUGGAAACAAUAAGGUGUAUUAUUAAUGCAGAUCUGAUAGCAUUUCUCAUCACUUGUUUUUGGGUCUGCUCACCUCCAGAAAUUGAGUUGGUUUAAGUCAACAUCAAAUUUGGUAGAUUGCUUUUUCAAGAGUGCACUGGAAAUGUAUUUAGGCAUUACAGUUGAAAAGUGGCUGAAAUUUGAUAUGGGAGCAUAUCAAAUCUGUUUACCAGCAAACAGUAAUGACAAAGUGUGGUAUUAAAACUGUUACAUUAUAUAAAUAUGA